AUGAAGUAUAUUUCUAGUUCCCAUGAUCCUUCACUUCGAACCAUGUGCUCUCGUAAUGGCGGUUCACGAAUAAACACUAGCAGCUAAAUACAGGAAUUGCACCGACCUGUGAUUGGAAGAUAAAAAUAGUAUGUCAGUGGCGAUGAUGUGACAAUUCGUUACGUUAGCCGUUUCAAGAGUAAUGGUUUUUACACGAAAAAGACAGUCCACAGGAAAAUACAAUAAAAUAUUAAAUAUUUCUCAAAGACAAACGGUGCAGUAUUCUUUUGAAGUCGGCUGACUAGCUCGCUAAGAGUCAAUGUCCUAUCGAAGUUGAAGUUCAACUGUCGCAAAUCGGAUAACUUCACUGAGUGAUUCUGAGAUGAAACCUUUUGUCUACAUCCACAUUGAUCUUAGAUUUUACCACUUACAUAUUGAAGAAAAGCCAUAAACAGAGCUUCAAUGUCCACGUACACCCGACUGAACCUCGGUGCGAUUCCUGCAGAUACCGCUGUUCAUACUAAAUGCAGGAAUUGCACCGGACGCGUUCUCGUCCCCAGAGUCACUCUAAGUUAGUUGUAACAAAAGAGCACGUGACCAAGAAAGACGGGCUCUGGGAACGAGGAUACACCGGACGCUCAUUGGUCGAAUGCGCAACUUGGCAUAAAUUAAAUAGCCGCGGGAAACUUUAAUUGAUUUUCUCGCGUUUUGAUUUUCGCUUGAUAGGACAAGACUUAGGCCACUGGAAAUAACACAUCACUUGUAUUCGAAGUUAAAUUAUACUGAAGCAGGGGUUAUAGGAUCCUGACUAAAGGUCAUCUAAACCUCGGGCUGAUUGUUCUUUGCCUUUUUUUUUUUUACUGCUUGACUUUACAAGUGUAACAUGCUCUCCUUGGUGAGUAUAUCGAAUCUGAAAUACCUCAGCAAUGUAAAAAUAAUGGUCACCUAAACAGCCUGGUUAAAUCCCAUCAUGUCCUUUGGAAGAAACAAAAAUCCCUUUUCAGCAAACCGAAUAAUCAUUGCGUUUCAGCACGUAGCUGCGAGGACCAUUUGACCUGCCAUAGGGGGUGGGUGGGUGGGGUUGAGUUUUCGCAGAAAAAAAAGUCUGUGGAGAAACUAAAGACGAGUCAGUGCUUGUUUUAAGCUAAUAGAGUUACAUGUCAUGUUCACUCGCAAAAUUUAGGGAAAAGGCGGUCCACCUGUAAGAGUUUGCUGAAAUUAGCUCUUGUAUUUACACUUUGUGUACCUGUGGAUAACAUUUCUACAUUGAUUUAUAUUUUUUAUUCAUUUUUUUUUUUUUGGGGGGUGGAGGGAGUUGAGGGCAGUCAAUGACUAAACACUCAUCUGAAUGAAUCUGAACUCUAUUCCAUGCAGGCUGGUGACUGGCAAAAGUGCAGUAAGCAAGUAACCUCUUCUGCCCUUACCAGCCAUACCAGGAGAGAGGCCUUUGAAUUCAAUUUACCCCCCACAAAAUCCCCUCGAAAUGCUGAUGGUGAUGUUGUUGUGUCAGAUUCUCCAAGAAUUACAACAAACCCCUUUUCAUUGAAAACAAUACCACCGUUUAGUCUGUUAACAACAUGGGAUAAGCAGCUAAGCUUCUGGCAGAAAGAAGAGAAGGGUUACUAUUAUCUGCAGCAUGGCUCCCAAUGUUUUAGCAUAUCUGAUGUUAAAGAUAUGUUAAAAGUACAUUAUGCAAGGGAUCUACAAAGGGCCGUCCAAGCAGAAUUAAACUGGUUUUCAGAACCAUACAUUAAACCACUGACUGUCCAAAUGUAUCCUCCAGAAAGUUCCAUAAAGAAAUUUCAGGAAAUUCUAUACUUGAAUCCUUUUGAUUAUAUUAUUCCAAACUAUGACAUGACACCAAAUGAAGUGGCUUCUCUCUGUGUCACACAAUGGGUUUUAAGUGACCUUCUUGACAGUAUUUACACACAUAUGUACUGUUUCAUGCACUCAAAAACUGUUUAAUUUGGUUUCUGUACAUUUGAAAUCUUCUAUUUGUUUUAAAUUUGCUUUUUGUUUUGCAAAACUACUACCAGGGAUAAUCAACUUUUUGCCGGCUGUGAAAUAUAGCCCCAAGCUGUGAGCAUGAAUGUCUGACUUUCUUAGCAUUAUAUAAAUCAUUGCCGAAAUGUUAUCUAGGUAACAGAUAUAUACGUUGGCUAGUUUAUACAUAAGCUUAAUAUAUGUAUGUUGUGGUUCAAUUUUGUCCUUGGUUUAUAUUUUCCUUUGUUUUUGUGUAUGGUAAUCUAUGAUAAUGAGUUUACAAUAAAGGAAACUAAAAUUUAAACCAAGGAUCAAAUUGAACCACAACGUAUGCACUUAUAUAAACAAACUGUGUUAUUUUUCCUUUAAAUUAUUAAUAACAAACAAUAAAUGCGUUGUUCCAGGAAAUAUCCAUACUCCCUCCAAAGAUGGUAUUUUCCUUGGGAUGCCCCCACCAUUCGGGAAAUUCCAGGUUAAUUUCAUACUUUUCUUUAAAAAUCUUGGCCUUUCAAACCCCCCUCCCCUUCAGAAUUUUCCUUGGGGUUGGUGGGUAUGUUUAUUUUCUGGAACCACACAAUCCAAAUAAAUUACACUAGCCUUUUUGAGGGAGAAACUCCUGUAUAAAAGUUACAGGGAUUGCUUGUCUUCUAACUUAUCAAGUUGUCUCAUCUCAGUAAAGGCAUAGAAGUACACAGAAUUUGAUCUCACUUAAUUGGUAUGUUUAUAUUGGGGGUGGAAAGUCAGUAAAUAUAGAAAUAUCCAUUUACAAAAGCCCUGCACAUACUUUACUGCUAACAGUGUUGAAGUGGACUCCUCGAGGGGUCAAAGAAAGUCUUUGGUACACUAAAUUUUCUAAUGAGCCGCCCUGUGCCUAUUGUAUAGGAAUCCCCCCCCACCGGCACACUAGCUACAAAGUUAAAUAAAAAGUUAUGUCACUUACACAGUUGCUCCCUGUGAUUCCCUGGUACCUCUAUUUUGUGUUCCCAAUAGAAACUUUAGCAUGAUUCAUUGCAUGCCCUCCAACAACAGUAUUAAUUUUUUUAAUACAGACCUUUGUCGCAAGACUAUAUUGAAAAGGGAUCGAUGUCUUGUCGCGGUUUCAAAAAAAAAAACUCUGGGGACGAGAACGCGUCCGGUGCAAUUCCUGCAUUUAGUAUGAACAGCGGUAUCUGCAGGAAUCGCACCGAGGUUCAGUCGGGUGUACGUGGACAUUGAAGCUCUGUUUAUGGCUUUUCUUCAAUAUGUAAGUGGUAAAAUCUAAGAUCAAUGUGGAUGCAGAUAAAAGUUUUCAUCUCAGAAUCACUCAGUGAAGUUAUCCGAUUUGCGACAGUUGAACUUCAACUUCGAUAAGACAUUGACUCUUAGCGAGUCAGCCGACUUCAAAAGAAUACUGCACUGUUUGUCUUUGAGAAAUAUUUAAUAUUAUAUUGCAUUUUCCUGUGGACUGUCUUUUUCGUGUAAAAACCAUUACUCUUGAAACGGCUAACGUAACGAAUUGUCACGUCAUCGUCACUGAAAUACUAUUUUUAUCUUCCAAUCACAGGUCGGUGCAAUUCCUGUAUUUAGCUGCUAGUGAAUAAACCCAUGUUGUUGUUUUCUACUCUUGUCGUGUUCCUCGUUCUCCACUCUAACAAAUCAACAUGGUGGCAGCCUCGGGAUUUAGUUAAUGAAAUGACGGCUACAGAAACCGGACAGUUUAGACUUCCUCCAAAACUAGGUGUGAAUUUGGGAAAUGUGUCCGAGAACUUCAAACGGUGGAAACGGCAAGUGGAAGUGUACUUAGCAGCCUUUUCUGCAGCUUCAGAGAGGGACGAUAAAGUACAAACUGAUAUCAUUUUAAACUGUGCAGGCCCUCAUGUUCUCGAGGUGUACGAUACUUUUAUUUGGACAGAUGAUGGCAUUAAAGAUAAACCUGAUAAAGUUUUAGAAGGAUUGGAAAGAUACUGCAACCCGCGUGACAAUGAAGUCAUCGAAUAUCAUAGAUUCUGGGACAUUCCAUACCAGGAACCGUUCGACAAAUUUCUCACGGAGCUAAAAACGAGAGAAGCCGCGUGCAAUUUUCUGGAAAAAGAUCGAAAGUUGAGAGACAAAAUAGUUUUUACUGUGACUGGAAAACUUCAAGAUUUACUCUUCAGGGAAGACAAUUUGACACACGACAAAGCAAUAAAAAUUUUUAGGGCUUUCGAACAGUCAAAAAGACAAGUGAAAGAAUUCAGAGAAAGUAUAGCCCUCCCAAGUUCCUCUACAAGUGUGAACAGAAUAACUUAA